AUGGACUGGAACGAGCUGCGCCUACCGUCCUCAGCUUCGUCGUCCUCGUCAGCGCCGCCGCCGGCUGCCAGCAGGCCCCGGGGGCAACGCCAGAGCAGCUCGCGCGCCGCCUCAGGCUGCCUCGCCGCAGCUGGCCACUACGCCGCCGCCCGGCCGCCUCCGCCGCCGACGGGCAACAACUACAGGAGUUUCCAAGAUGAGAAAAGCACCGUGCAAUACUUCAACUGCACACUUAAUUCUGCCGCAUUUUUCGUAAGCCGUAAUGCCAACAACACUAGCAACAGUGUGCAGUUAGGGGAAGAAGAAGAAGAGGAGGAGGAAGAGCGCGAGGCGUGCAAGCCGCCGGAGCCGACCAUGGAGGCCAGCCGUUGCGCCAGCGGCUCGGACCUGGCCUGCGCGUCGAGGGCGGCCGGUCAGGGCUCGAAGCCUCCGUGCGCGGCAUGCGGCCGUCCAGCGAGCCGACCACUGGGCCAGGACCUUUACUGCGCCGCAUGCUACAGCGAGGUACUGCUGCUGUCGCCGGGCCUGGCACCCUCAAGGUGCUCCCCGGCGCCCAGCACGUGCUCGUCGGGUUCCUGGAGCCUAGUCACGGCGUGCACGCCCAGCCAAGCUGGCCCCAGCCCGCGCAGCUCCAGCCUCGGAUACGGCGGCGGAGAGGUCUGCGCACGCUGCCGCGACGUCGUCUACUUCGCCGAGAGGCAGGUGGGCACCGCCGGGCGCGUGUACCACGUGCGCUGCUUCCGGUGCCGGGCGUGCGAGCAGCGGCUGGCCUCAGGCUCCUACCGAUCGGACGGCGGAGAGCUCUACUGCGAGCCCUGCCACCGACGGCACCUGGGACCCAGGGGCUACGGCUACGGGCUCGGCUCAGCGCUGCGAUGCUUCCCGGGACGCCUCUGAAGGCGCCGUGCAGGUAGGCCUCGUGUGCAUCCUGUAUAGAGGUGCAGUCAUUG